ACGGGUCUGGAGUCAACCAGCUGGUACGAGGGGCCCAGGUCAGGAGUUUAAGCAUGAGAUCACCAGCUAAACUGAGCAAAGUUCUUCCACUGAGGUGGUCCUUUGGGUCCAAAGACCGCAUCAAACACUCAGUACCAACUCAGUCUGGAGAGCUGGUGGAGUACCUGGAGUCCGGACGCCGACCACGAUGCACCAAAGACCCCAUCAUCGCCCUGGUGGCCACUCCGCCUCUGAGGAACAGCCGGGGAAGAGUCCCUGAAGUGGGACAGGACUGCAGCUCGCCGAGCGGUAGUAGUCUCGGCUGUACAGACAGACUCGGCUCCGACACCUCCUAUUCCCCCAAAAUACCAGAGGGACAGAGCAGACCCAGUCUGGAGAGGAACCACAGCCAUGGAUCCGGUUCUGGCAGUCGCAUCAAAUUCAGAGACGACGAUUCUCUGAGGCAGGGAUCAUGUAAGAGACUGAGAACAGAUCAGGUCCGAGCUCUGGACCUCCAGCUGCAGAGAGGGGCCAUUCUAGGCGGUCACAUAAGCCACAGUGCUCCACCCAGCAGAGACUCCACACUGAAAAGAACCCAGGUCCAAACAGGUGGGACCUCCAGGGGCCAAAGGGACCUGUUGCAGAUAGGUGUUCAAACAGAAGACAGGAAGGAGCAGAGAGAAGAGGCUCAGAGCCAAGAUGGCCUCUUAUCAAUCCACAAGCCUGUUUUUGUGAAAAAAGAUGYUCCCGGAUCACCAGGUAGAGAACAAGACAGACGAAUGAACAGCCCCGGGCACCUGGGAAAACUGGCAAACAGUAGCUUAGCCAAGUUUUCCUUCUCCAACGGGACGCUUCCUGCCAUGCAACAAGAAAAUAAGCGAGGGUACGUCAUCCCCAGCUGUGACCCCCAGAACUGCAAAAGUCAGCUGGCCAAUGGGAGGGCUGGGAGCCAGGGGCCCGUCGACAUCAAGCGGGCUCACAGCUCCUGCAACAUCGAGACGAAGCUGGAUGUGACGUUUCGCAGGUGUGCCUCUCUGCAGAGGAACGGGGACGCUGCGCUUCCUCCGUCGCACCGGGUCCUGCUGUCCGACAAGACGGGCUGCUCCACUUUGCAGCGGACCAGAUACAGCACCACCUCCCUGGUGCCCAUGUGACAUCCCAGGGUGACCGCUGAACACAAGGACCUCUCCACUGGUUUCUAAGCACCACUCUGAGGUGACAGCACCCCCCCAGUCCCAGCAGCAGACAUCACUGGACAGACAAAAAAUAUAUAUAUAUUAUUUUCUUUCAUAGUACUAUUCUAAGUUCUUACCUGUGUGUGUCUUAAACUAAAUCUAUGCAGAGUUCUAAAAAGCGAGUGGAAAAGACUGCUGUUGUUUCUCUCACACCGUGUCCUCAUCAGGUCGUCUGUCGUUGUGUUCUGGUUUGUGUUGACGGGAGGCGAUUUGUUGAAUUUGCAUGUUCCACGUCGGGUCUUYCAUAAAACUAGCAUCUGUCUGGAAGACAGGAAGCUGCUCUCAGAUGCAGCAUGGAUGAGAUGUUCCUGUGGUCUGUGUGGGACAGAUAGUGGGCUCAGCUUCAACGCUGCAAAAAGUACUAACACUGGAUAGUAAGUUAACUGCUGUGUGAACCUUGGUUUCUUUUUUUUACUUUUUUUUAAUCAGAAUAAUAUAUCAUUAAUGCAUUUAUUUAAAAAUGUUUUAUAGAUGCCGGGAAUGAACUUUGAACAAAGACACUGUACCAACAUGAGUGAAAAUAAAAGAUUUUUUUAACUACUAGUAAGAAUCAAGGAGCUAAACUGCUGGGAGAGUAUUUGGACGUACAAACGAGGAUACGCGUCACGUGGACUUUUUGCACCAGAUUAAUGUAGAGCUUUGAAAACUCAUCUCUCAGCAACAUUAGAAACCAGCAGGUGUAAAUGGGCACACACUCAUGCACACCUGUCUCUAAUUGUUUCAUUUCAGCUCUCCACGUCCACGUAUGUUGGUGUCCGCUCAGUCUGAGGACGUCGUUGUUGAUAAAAACAAACACACACUUGCACAUAUCGUAUCUUGCUGUCUUUGCGGGACUUUGCAUUGACUUCCAUUCAUUUUUCAUUCAUUUCUAUAAACCUAGCCCUAUAGUUUUAUAUUCAAUUAAU